AUGAUGGAAAGAAUAAGAAAAGAGAUGAUUCUGAUGGAGAGGGGGCUGCACAGCCCAACGGCCGCCAAGAGGUUCUCCAAUUUGUCCGACUCGGCUGGCAAUGCUGUGCUGGAGGCCCUGGAAAAUUCGCAGCACCCGGCUCGCCUCAGCCCGCGCUUGCCGUCCGCCCCCCUACACGGCGCUCUGGGAGACCUCCCGGCCAAGGGCAAAUUCGAAAUCGACACUCUCUUCAACCUGCAGCACCCGGGCAGCGAAAGCUCCGUCUCGUCCGAAAUCGCCGCCGCGGAGGGCCGCAAAAAGCCGGGCCACUAUUCGGACGCGGCCGCCGAGGCGGACAUGAGCAGCGACGUGGAGGUGGGUUGCUCGGCGCUGCGCUCCCCGGGAGGCCUCGGCGCGGCCGCGCCGCUCAAGGAAAACAACGGCAAAGGGUACGCGGAGAGCGGCUCCACCGCCAGCACCGCAACGUCUGCGACCGGCGGUUCGGGCCUCGGAAGCCUGCAUGGAGGCGGCGGCGGCGGCGGCGGGGGCGCGGCCCUGGGCAGCUCCGGCUCGGGAGCGGAUCAGGUGCGGCGCUACCGCACGGCGUUCACCCGCGAGCAGAUCGCGAGGCUGGAGAAGGAGUUCUACCGGGAGAACUAUGUGUCGCGACCCCGCCGCUGUGAGCUGGCUGCGGCGCUCAACCUGCCCGAAACCACCAUCAAGGUGUGGUUCCAGAACCGGCGCAUGAAGGACAAGCGCCAGCGCCUGGCCAUGUCGUGGCCGCACCCGGCCGACCCCAGCUUCUACACCUACAUGAUGACGCACGCGGCCGCCACGGGCAGCCUGCCGUACCCCUUCCACUCGCACGUGCCGCUGCACUACUACCCGCACGUGGGCGUCACGGCGGCGGCGGCGGCGGCGGCGGCUUCGGGCGCGGCGGCCGCGGCCUCGUCCCCCUUCGCCACCUCCAUCCGCCCGCUGGACACCUUCCGCGCGCUCUCGCACCCGUACUCGCGGCCCGAGCUGCUCUGCAGCUUCCGCCACCCGGGCCUGUACCAGGGGCCCGCGGCCGCCGCGGGGCUCAACAGCGCGGCCUCGGCGGCGGCGGCGGCAGCGGCGGCGGCGGCCGCGGCCUCCUCCGCCGCGGCCACCGGGGCGCCCCCCAGCGGCGGCUCGGCGCCCUGCUCGUGCCUCAGUUGCCACAGCAGUCAGUCCGCCGCCGCCGCCGCCGCCGCCGCCGCCGCCGCGGCGCUGGGCUCCCGGGGAGCGGGCGGCGGGGCCGGUGCGGGCGGCGGCGGCGGCGGCGCGGGCGCUGCCGGGGGGUCGGACUUCGGCUGCAGCGCCGCGGCGCCGCGCUCCGAGAGCGGCUUCCUGCCCUACUCGGCCGCAGUGCUCAGCAAGACGGCCGUGAGCCCCCCGGACCAGAGGGACGAGGCGCCGCUCACCAGAUAA